AUUUCUUACGGCUACACAGAAAAAACAGCGCAGGCACCUAACAUACAUUUGCAAAAAGCGUACACUGCGCUGCAAAGACUUUCAUUAAGAUUUUAAUGAAUUUUCCAGAUUUUUGCUCUAAAAUGAUCAUCUGAUGUGUACCUGUUCGGUUGGAUUGAAGUUUACGCACCCUAGACCACGAAGUUAGGUCUGAUUGUUGUACAUCUGAGCGGUUUAUCCACUGCAAUGGAAGAUGGCAUUGAUCUUGGUUUGGACGACCUUGAUGCAGACUUUGGCAGUGGAGGGUCGGGAGGAAAACGGCCGACUGAGAGUGCCUGGGACAGUGAUGAUGAGCUGCUGAAUGAUGACACCUUUGGUGCAACAAAAAGGAAGAACAAGAAGAAGAAGAAAGAAGAAGAAGAACUUACCAGAAAAACCAUAGGAAGAAACAUAGUUAGGUUCAAAGCAGAUCAGCCUGAAGAAGAAGAUGAGUUUGACGAAGAAGCCUUGUUAGGAGACAGUGAUGAGGAGGGAGACACUACCCAGAAUACGUCACAGGAGAGUCAAAGUUCACAGGAGAUCGCUGACCAAUCACAAGAGGAGCACAAUUUUGCUGAGUCUGUUGACCCUGGUGAAAUCUCCAUCAAUGUUUCCCAGGAGUCAGACUUUUAUGGCUCUGAAGUGGAGGGACAGUACCAAGAGUCUGGGCAAUAUGAGGAUGUCAUUGACAUCAGUAUUGGAGAUACAGAAGGCCUUGAGGAUCUAGAGGUGGAUACAGACUACACUACAGGGUCCCAACAGUCACAUAACAGAAGUCAGCCACAGGCAACAACACAGCAUACAACAGUGACUACUGUGCUUUCAGAGGAACAAGUAUCAAGUCAUGAAGAGCAGAUAACAGAAACAGAAGCUCACACUGAACAUGAUGAAGCAGACAAAUCCAGUGAGAGUGAGAGUGAAGAAGAAGAAGAAGAAGAGGAAGAUGAAGAAGACACAAGACGAGGGAGGUUUAAGUCCGAAAGGGUGGAGACCUCAGGCAGUGCAACAACAGCUCCCUCCAAAAUCAGCCUGUCAAAAGUCAACAAACCAAACAGAGAAAUACCAGAUACCUUAGAAGUGUCGGAGGAUGUCCAGAAGCAGAUUGAGGAGUUUGAGCAGCAGAAGAUGAUGGGCAGGAGAGGGCGUGGUUUUAGGGGCGGCCGCGGGGGUCGGGGGUCAAUGCCACAACCGCGGGGACAGGGCUUCAGACCCAGACCACUCUUACAAGGACAGCACGGCCCACGUCCAUUGAUGUCUCAGCCGAGAUUUGGGCCGCGGGGAGGGGGGUAUGGCCCCAGAGGGCCCCCUGGGCCGCGGGGACCUGGCCCAGGCCCGCUACUGAGGUCCCCUCCAGGACAGCUAGCCCCAAGAAAGGUGCUGAUCAACCCACACUUCAAGGGAACAGUGCAGGCCAGACCUGAAGCUCCGUUACGUUGGGACAGAGACACCAUGCACCACCUGGGCCCCUCACCUAUGGAGGGGCAGCACCAACCGUACCAACCCCCUCCUCACGAAGGGCAUCACCAGCCCCCUCCCCCCAGGGGACAGCACCAACACCCACCCCCGGGGGGACAGCCUCAUCAACCCCGCCCCCAGGGGGGGCAGUAUCAGCCACCCCCUCACAGAGGACCACAACAGUUCCAGGAGCCCAGGCCUAGAAUGGCACCUCCCAUGGGAGGACAUCGACCCCCUUCUUCAGGCCCGCCCAGCUGGCAGGGGAACAGGCCACAACAGGGACACAACAGGCAGGAGCAGUUUGGCUCAGGGCCGCAGUUUGAAGGUCAUCAACAGCACAAGUUCCAGCCCC